GUAACUAGUUUGGAAGCAAUUCCCUGGAGUAUAUAAACACUGGGACGAAGAGAACGAAUUUUGUGGACAUAUCAUUCAAUCAAAUUAAUUCCUACCCAGCGAAGCGCAGAAGGGGUGGAAGUCCCUCUUGCUAAUCGGUUCAUGCUGCUGUUUUCUCUGACUGGCAUUAGCAUUCACCAUUCGGUUACAAAGCGAACAAAGGAACAAUGAAGCUUCUCAAGACUGGAACUCAUGCUGCUGUAGGAUGUGUAUUGCUGGUGUUGUUGAUUCUGCAAACGGAGGCGACCAUGGUGCGGCACAACUGGACCGUGGAUUACAUGUUCUCGGCGCCGGAUUGCGUGGAGAAGCUGAUAAUUGCAGCCAACGGGCAGUAUCCAUCGCCUCCAAUUUUUGCUGUGGAAGGGGAUACGAUCGUGAUCGAAGUGACGAAUCACAUUCCUACAGAGGGCAUUGUGUUUCAUUGGCACGGCAUUUAUCAGAAAGGAACACCAUAUUACGAUGGAGCCGCUUAUGUGUCCCAAUGUCCAAUUAACCCAGGAGAGACUUUCACGUACAAAUUCAAAGUCGACAGGGCUGGGACGUAUUUCUACCAUGGCCACUUCGGAAUGCAGCGAUCAGCGGGACUCUACGGUUCUCUCAUUGUAACAUUGCCGGAUCACAAGAAGGAGCCGUUCUCAUACGACGGCGAGCACAGACUCCUUCUCAACGACUGGUGGCACAAGUCCAUUUAUGAGCAAGAGCUCGGUCUCAACAGCGUUCCCUUCAGAUUUGUGGGCGAGCCACAGUCCUUGUUGAUAGAGGGCAGAGGUAAGUACAAUUGCUCCCUACUCCCGGAAAGUACUGCUUCUCCACCCGGUUGCCUUACCUGCAAUGCUAGCAGCCCCUGGUGCGCGCCCCAUGUUAUCCCUGUCACUCCCGGAGAAACUUAUCGCCUGCGUAUCGCAAGCGUCGCGUCCUUGUCCACAUUAAACUUCAUCCUGGAGAAUCACAAAAUGACUGUCGUCAUGGCGGACGGACAUUACGUUAAGCCCUUCGAUGUCUACAACCUCGACAUCUACUCCGGCCAGACCUACGAUGUGCUCUUUACCGCCAACCAGGACACGUCCAAAAAUUACUGGGCCGCAAUCAAUGUGCGUGGCAGAAAUCCCCUGACACCCACCGGCCUCGCGGUGAUUCAGUACUUGCCGAACCCGGCGACUCUCUUGCCCACCACCUCCGCUCCGGUGAGCCCCGUUUGGAACGACACUGCCACCAGCCUCAAUUUUGCUAAGAAGCUCCUAGCCAAACCCGGUUACGAACCCCCGCCUCCGAAGAAAUGUGACCGCACUCUCGUGCUCCUAGGCACACAGAACGAAAUCAAUGGAAAUGUGAAGUGGGCGGUAAACAACAUCUCCUAUGUGCACAAUGCCACCCCAACCAUCGCUGCACUCAAGUACAAGAUAAAGGGCGUCAACAACCCCGUUCCACCUCCGGAUUUUCCUGCAGAGAGCUACAACAUCUUCGCGCCGCCCUCUCCUCCGUCUGCCACUUAUGGGACCCCCGUAUAUGUGUUCGAGAAAGAUGAUAUCGUGGACGUGAUUGUGCAAAACGCCAACACCAUGACACCCAACGUAAGUGAGAUACACCCCUGGCAUCUCCACGGCCACGACUUCUGGGUGCUUGGCUACGGUGACGGCUUGUACAAUGCUUCGAGGGAUCCCGCUUCGUUCAAUCUAGUGGACCCUCCGCUCCGCAACACAGUUGCGGUGUUUCCUUACGGUUGGGUUGCGUUCAGGUAUGUUGCCGACAACCCCGGUGCUUGGCCAUUUCACUGCCACGUCGAAAGCCAUUUCCACAUGGGCAUGGGCACCGUCUUCGCCGAGGGUGUCCGGCAUAUUCCCAAGCUUCCGCUGCAAACCUUGGGCUGUGGUCUCACCAAAAAACACUUGUAGGUUGAGCCGCGAUCUGUUACAACAUGAGUAUCGCGGUUUUCUUUAACUGAUUGAUUUGGAAGCUCUUAGUUAGACCUUUCACUUGCAAAUCAUUCAAUUCACCUCAAGUUUUCUCAAUCGUAAUGUAAACUACGUCACCGUCUCAGUCUUAAAGACAGGAUGGUAUUCGUUUCAAAUCAUAUUUCAUAGCUUGCAAGCCGGUGAACUGCAGAUAUGGUUGGAAGAUUGUGUUGAAAAUCCGCUGAAUUGACUUCAGUAAAAUGUAUGAAAUAAGAGCAAAGGUUUAUUUGUGUUUGA